AUGAGGUACAGAGGGCAAAAUGGUGGUAGUUACCGCGAUAGGCGUGAUCCGUCACCAAAGAAUUGGCGCAUGGGGCCGGCAGAAAAUAAGCGUGAUGGUAGACCAGGAAAUGAGAAAAUAUCGGGCAUGUGCAUGUCAUUUCCUCCGCAAAGCUCAUACGAAGGUUGCAUAGAAAAGGGAAAGCUCAAGCUAGCUAAUGGGAAUUCAGUUCCAGUAAUUACUAGUAGUUGUACUACUGAAUCCUUAGAAGGUGAAAGGCAGCUAGAUUUGAAGCAGGGUUAUGUCGGAGACCAAGAAGUUAAAGUACUUAGAGACACAGGGUGUGAGUUAGCAGUUGUUAGAAAGAAGUGUCUUACAGAAGAUCAAAUGUUGAAGAAAAACUGCAUAAUGAUAGCAAUAGAUGGACGUGCCAGAUUAGUCCCUAUGGCUCAGAUUAGAAUUGACACACCAUACUUCAAGGAUGGAAUAGAGGCCAUGGUUUUAGAAACCGUAAUUUGUGAUUUGGUUUUAGGCAACAUCAGUGGCAUGCUAAAUAAACCAGAUGAAAAAUGGGUUGGUCGUGAUGCCAGUAAGAUAGAAACAAUUGACACAAAUGUAGCUGCUCUAGUCACAAGGGCACAAGCAGAGAAGGAGAAAAAGCAUAUGAAGCCACUUAAGGAUGUACCUGUAAUUAAAGAAGAUGAAAUAACAGUUGAGUUGCUUAAGAAAGCACAGUCAGAGGAUAAGUCAUUGAACAGACUAUGGAGAUACGCCGAAAAGAAAAAUAUAAAGUCGAGAAGAGGUGGCAAUAAGUACAGAUACGAGAUAAGCAAAGACGUAUUGUACAGGAUAUUUGAGACAGUGAAGGGCGAUAAGAAAGUAGAAACCAAGCAGAUAGUGGUCCCGAAGAUAUACCAGAAGCGUGUAAUGUCCUUAGCACAUGAAUCUAUAAUGGGUGGACAUCUUUCAGUUCGCAAGACUGUAGACAGAAUACAGUCAAGCUUUCAUUGGCCAGGAAUAUCAAGUGACGUCACAAGGUUUUGUCGUUUAUGCGAUAUUUGCCAGAAAACAGUACCGAAGGGUAAAGUUCAGAAGGUACCUCUUGGUGAGAUGCCAAUCAUCGAUGCUCCAUUUCAACGAGUUGCUGUUGAUUUGAUUGGGCCAAUUUCGCCUGUUUCAGAAAAGGGAAACCGUUACAUCUUGACAGUAGUUGAUUAUGCUACACGUUAUCCAGAAGCAGUUGCUUUACCAAGAAUAGAGACAGAAAAUGUUGCAGAAGCAUUGUUAGACAUAUUCUCGAAAGUAGGUUUUCCUUCUGAAAUUUUAAGCGACAGAGGUAGCCAGUUUACAUCGCAACUUAUAGAAGAAGUAUGCAGACUCGUGUCCCUUAAACAGUUGUUUACGACACCUUACAUCCCGAAAUGUAAUGGCCUUUGUGAGAGAAUGAAUGGAAUUCUCAAAGGUAUGCUAAAGAAAAUGUGCCAAGAGAGACCCAAAGACUGGGAUCGAUAUAGAUCUGCUGUAUUAUUCGCAUACAGGGAAGUCCAACAAGCCAGUACAGGAUUUUCCCCAUUUGAAUUGUUAUAUGGUAGAACAGUGAGAGGUCCAAUGCAGGCACUGAAGGAACUUUGGACAGAAAGCGAAGUUCCAGAAACAAGGAACACGUAUGAAUACGUGCUAGAUCUACGGAACAGACUAGAAGAAACGUGCAGAAUUGCAAGGGAGAGCCUCAGCAAUGCACAAGUAGAAUACAAACAUCAUUAUGACAAAAAGACAAGAGCACGAAGUCUCGAGCAAGAAGACACAGUUUUAGUCCUCCUGCCUACAUCUCACAACAAACUCAUGUUGCAGUGGAAAGGUCCAUUUGAAGUAGCUAAAUAUGAGGAGAGAGAAGAUAAGGUCUGUGCAAGUGUAGCAGUUAUAGAAGCAGAGAAUGAAAGUGAAACUGGUGUAGUUGACGAUGAGAGUUUACUGAACUUAGUAAACACCAGUGGUACAGAGACGUACAGAGAUGUUUGUGUAAAUGAGCAGUUGUCUAGAGAGCAGAAAGCUGAAGUGUAUGCUCUGCUUGAAGAAUUUAAAGAUAUAUUCACUGAUGUACCAGGGACAAACGACCUUGAAGAUCACAAGAUUGAUUUGACUGAUGAGACACCGAUACGUAUUAGACAGUACACAAUACCUUACGCAAAGAGAAAAAGCGUUGAAAACGAAGUUAAGAAUAUGUUUGAAGCUUGA